AUGUUGUGGAAUUCCUCAUUACGAUUGCAAGGAAUAUCAAAAACAUUCAAAUCAAUCUCAUGCUAUAGUACAGCAGCUCAAUUUAAUACUAGUAAAGUAGACUGCUACAUUUCUACAAUCAAUAAUUGUUAUACGAAUCUUGCCAUUGAGGAAUGGUUACUUCGAGAAACUGAUCCCCAAAGACAUGUAUUGUAUUUGUGGCGAAACAAACCCUGUGUUGUAAUUGGGAGAAACCAAAACCCUUUCCAGGAGUGCAACCUUGAGUUUAUGCGCCAGAACAAUAUACCACUUGUACGGCGUCGGUCUGGCGGUGGAGCAGUUUAUCAUGAUAUGGGAAAUUCAAUCUAUACCAUUUAUAUGCCACGCCAUGCAUUCUCUCGGAGAACUAAUGCUGACCUUGUUUCAAGAGCACUCCAGCAGUUGGAUGUCCCCGCCUAUGUAAACGAUCGCCAUGACAUAGUAGUCGAUGGCUUAAAGGUGUCGGGAAGUGCCUACAAAAUUAUUAACCAGAGAGCCUAUCAUCAUGGCACAAUGUUGAUCGACGCUGACACAGAGGCUCUCAAGGGGUGUUUAUCAAAGAAGAGGAUGAACAAGACUGGUAUUAUAUCAAAGGGAGUUGAAUCAGUCCCGUCCCCGGUGACCAAUAUCCGGGAUUAUUCGUUUACGGUUGACCAUCAACAGUUUUGUGAGUCGGUUUUAGCUGAAUUCAUACAUGAUUAUAAUGAUGGUGCAUCUAUAGAGCCAAUUAUUUUUGAUGAAGAACAUAUAGAACAACUGCCAUCCAAGGUCAAGGAGACCGCAAAGGAACUUCAGACUUGGGACUGGAUGUACGGACAAACACCUGAGUUUACGAAUACGAUUAAGAAUGAGUUUGACUGGGGCCAUGUGAAUGGCAGUAUUCACUCCAAGCAUGGAAUGAUCACAGAUGCUGAAUUUUCUACCAACUCUGCUGGUGCUCAUGAAGUAACAGUAGUAUCAGCUAUCUCCGUAGGAUUAAAAGGCUGCCGUUAUUCUCCUAAUGCAGUAAAGGAAGCGGCUGCAAAGAUCACCAGUGAAAUCCCGGGCUUAAUUAGCGCAGAAAAUGAGCACCUUGUGGAGGAUAUGGACAGAUGGUUGAGCAAUAAACUGUAA